AUGGCUCUGCGGCUUGCCCGUCGCCUCUGCCGCUGGAUAGUGCCGGCGACACGCGAGGCCCAUAGCCGCUUCGCUGCGUGCCAAUAUCAGGCAGGGCCAGGGUAUUCGGGACUGUCCACGGAAGCCAAUCAAGUCGAAUGCGCAGUGAUCGGAGGGGGUGUUGUUGGUCUUGCUGUUGCAAGGAGCCUUCUGCAGCAGGAUCGUGAAGUCGUGCUGCUUGAAGAAGCAGCCAAGAGUGUUGGCACAGAGACGUCAUCAAGGAAUAGCGAAGUCAUUCAUGCAGGCCUCUACUACCCCACAGAGUCUCUCAAGGCGGUUAUGUGUGUCCAAGGGAAAGCCAUGCUGUACAAGUAUUGUGAACAACAUGGAAUACCACACAAAAGGCUGGGCAAGCUUAUUGUGGCAACUGACAGCAGACAGAUCAAUGCCCUGACUGAACUAGUUCAGCAAGCAAAAAAGAAUGGCGUCCACGAUUUGGAGCAACUCGACAAAGCAGCAGUCAGGGAGCUUGAGCCAGAGCUGUCAUGCAUCGGUGCAGUGCACUCCCCCUCUACAGGGAUUGUGGACAGCCACCGAUUGAUGGAAUCACUUCAGGGAGAUGUUGAGGUCAUGGGUGGGAUAAUUUCGUUCGGGAGCAAGGUGGUUGGGGGCGACUUGUCAGGAUUCACAAAGGAGCUGCAAGUGCUGGAUGUCAACACAGGGAAGAAGACGACCCUGAUUGCAGACUCAGUGGUUAAUUCAACAGGUUUGCAUGCCUGGGAGACCUCCCAUGCAUUGGGCGUCCCCAAAACCAGCAUCCCCAGGCAGUUCUAUGCUCGUGGUUGCUACUUCUCUUUGCAAGGCCUCUCGCCAUGCAGUCGCCUCGUUUAUCCACUGCCUGAGGAUGGAGGCCUGGGCGUUCACCUCACGCUGGAUAUGAAUGGCCGCGCCAGGUUUGGACCCAACGUUGAAUGGGUCCAGAGCCUUGACUACACGGUGGACCCACAGCUGGCUGAGGGGUUUGAGACGGCCAUCAGAACGUACUACCCUGCUCUACCCCACGGGUCUCUGCAGCCCGACUAUGCCGGUAUUCGGCCCAAGGUUGUUGGCCCCGAGGAGGCCCCUGGCGAUUUUGUGAUCCAUGACCACAAAGUUCAUGGAAUAUGGGGGUUGGUGAAUAUGUACGGGAUAGAAUCGCCUGGGCUGACUGGUGCUCUAGCCAUAGGGGAGUACGUAGCUGAAAUGGUGUAA